AUGCUGCCAGACGCCUUGAUCAGUACUUAUUGCGAGUACAAAAAGGACACUGAUUCCAUCGCAACAUGGCUUGCUUCGACGGCCAAAUUAGCUGGCUUUCCCGACCAUCUUCUUUCCUCGACGUGCAAGACUGCGGGCAAGGCGAAUGGGAGUGGCGGUCGGCUUAAAGGCAAAGCUCGCACAGAGGCCAAGAAGAAAGCCAAAGCACCAUCAACAGUCCCUGUCCCGCACUCCUUCAGCGUGAUACUUGACCGAGUUAUUGCCUCACGCGAGGGCUUUGGUUCCAAAGUUGAAUCACACGGCGAGAAUUUGAACCACGAUUCGGUUGCCAAGCAUAGCUAUUUUGUUCAGAUCCUGAAACAGGUUCGCCGCAUUCUCACCGCUCUCAUGCCCAAUACCGAUGACGCGCCCGUUGCCCCAUCCAUCGACAAUCUGAGUAACAAGUUCCGCGGUCUUGCAGUCUACGAACCAUCUGAAGAGUUCUUAAACGCACCAGAUGUCGAGCGACCAACCAGAGCCAAGAAUGAUCCAAAUACGUAUGAAGCUGAGGCCCCAUUUUCCUUGGAGGAUGCCUUUUUCGCCCUUGUGGCUAUACUAAACGACAUGGACCGGAUGAGAUCUCGCGUGAAAUGGAUCUGGUCCAAUUACCGAGCUGGUCUUUUUGACGUAACAUCGGCCGCUAUUGCAACGAAUACGGCAAUUGAGCUUGUCCGCGGCAUGAUGGAUGAUGUUUUACCUAUUUUCGAUACUCACGGCGGAUACCACCGCAUGCUGCAAAAGUUUUAUGUAUUUCAAUGCUUGGACGAGGGAUUUGCAGUCGAGGACCUUUUCGGGGAGAAAAAUGGCAAGGACAACUUCAACUACGACACAUAUAAUAUUGCCGAAAGCGUCUACCUGAUGGCAUAUCGGUACUUGGAAGCUUUCGCCGCUAUUCUCGAGCCUAAUCAGGUUCCAAUUUACAAGGACGGAAUAUACGGGACUUACGAUCCGUCCAGCGAUCGCUCUACAAAGACGGGCCUCGCAAAGUUUCAAGAUGACCGAGCAUUGGUCAUGCCUUAUUUCUCCGAACUCAUGACCAUUGUUAUGGGUGUGCCCAACUGGCCGAUUGAGGAUGAAUUUUUGCGUGGCAUGGAGCAAAUCCACAGAACCAAGAAAAUUCCAUUCUAUUCCGUCUUUGCCACCCAGGUAUUUCUGGACAUCUCGUACACUCUAGGGGAAGAUGUCGAUAGCGCCUACCACACCAUGUCUACCCACAUCAAUUUUAUUUCCAACGAUAUCGAGCAGCACUUUUCCUUCCAUAAAGACCUCAAGAUCGUCAACUGGCCAGAGUCGAAUGACAGAGUCUUGCGAAAUGUCCGAACUAGCAUUGAAUGGCUGGCCGAGGACCCGCUGUUGCGGGUUCAGAAUAAACUUUAUCAGCGUAUGGGCUGGGGUUCUCGCCUGGGUGCUGGCCAUCGCCUAUUUCGCAUGUCCCCUGUAAUAAGCGGUCUCACGCUGUAUUUCUUUCGUAGCCAAUAUCACGAGAUUGGCUUGUCGUUGGCGGAUGCAUGGGGGUCUCUGCAGUACUGCGAGCAUCUAUACAACGCCGCGCAGCAACGUGGCCACUUGUCGAAGCGCUGGGCAGACAUGGAUGUGGUCAAGGCCCUGUUGGACACGGAUAGCUUUUACGUGGGUAGCGAGACCCCGAGGACGCCAGACGAACAAUUCAAGAAGUUUUGUUUGCAAAUAGGAGUGUCGGCUGCGGCCCUUAGCAAAGACCGACGUAAAGGCAAAAGGGUAGCGUCCAAGGCAGGGCCGCGCGGAAUAAAGCCUAACGCGCCGGUGCACUACAUGUUCGCCCCUCGAUAUCGCGAAAAGGUCGCCUUUUCCAUCACAGCAGAACAACUGGACCAGAUUAUUGAUUUGAGCAUGUACGAGAAAGAAUUUGACGAGGAAGGCGGUCUGCUUCUCGGCCAGAUUGAGGACUCGAAGAAGGUGAAAGAGAAGAAGAGGCUGAGGGAGCAAUACAAUAAAGGUAUUCGACGCAAAGGGACUACCGGAGGAUCUCGUAUGGCUGCCGAACACAUGAUAGAGCUACUUGCGUUUGCCCUUCACGCAGAGACGGUCGAGUUCUCAUUCCCUUAUGCGCAAAUGCAUCGCUGGUGUUGGCGGCUUCUGCGCGCUGUGAAGGAGGCUUGCGAUCCUCUGCUUAGGCAGAUUUACGGGCCGGAUUACCUUGAAAAUGAAACCGAACUGCCUUUUAUCGUCGGCUACGUCCUCCUGCUAGCUAGCGGCGCUGACGGGGAAAAGCAGACCAUGCAGCCGCUGGAAGAAGCCGCGAGAGCCUUGGAAGGCAUGAGCUAUAAAAUUUUACGAAUAACUUAUAAAAAGCUAAAAGAGCCCACUUUUUUACGCUUUUAA